AUGGCCAAUUAUACCAGCGGUCCACUCCCCAACAUGCUCCCCGACUACGUCUUGAUCAAUGACACCGCCGAUUUCUGGCUCCAGUCGCAUAGAAAUGGGGAAAGUGAAAGCGGAUCAUCGUCGCGGGGCCGGAUAGGUGAGGGCCCGUUGUCGGAUGGAUCCGUGGAGGGUCCCCAGUUUCCCAGUACGACUAGUAGCAGUAUCUCUCCCCCAUGGCCCGUAUCAGUUGUUCUAUGCCCCGGAGAUAGCACGAACAUCGACUGGGAUCGAUGCGAGAAUGCAUCGGUGUCGUUCUCCAAACUGCUGGAGAAAUGCAGUGAGCUCGAUCGCUCGGCGGACAUGUUACAGGAGCAAGACCACCACCACCACCACCACCACCACCACCACCAGAGAACCACCAUCACGCACCAUCAUCUCCCACCCAUUCUGUGCGCGAUAGAUGCUCUCUGUGAGUUAUGUGCAGCGUUCAUUGACGAGCAUCCUGCGCCCUGUCGCAAAGCGUCCCUGGACCCUGCCCUUCUGGCCCUAGUCAUCGCGGCCAAUUUCAAGAUCCUCCAGGUUUGCAGCCUGCUAGUGUCCAUCAGCGUCUCUGAGGCUCAGACGCCGCAUGUGCAGCUGCUUCUCAAGCGCAUUGAUUUCAAUCUGAUGCAGACCAAGAUCGCCCUGGCCUUUAUGAAGGAGCAGGAGAUGACCUCGCCGUCGGUCUUCCAGACGGAGCUCGAUCAGGCUGCGCGUAUUCAUCGGCAGAUAUUGGUGAUGACAAGAGGAUAA